CGAUGAUUGGCGUUUGCGCAACGGCCGCGGGCGUUUGCUAAGCAGCCCUGCCCUGGCUCGGUAUCGUUUGGCCUAUUCCUCCCCGCUGGGCCGUGGUAAGUUGGCCCCGCUAUUAUUCCGUAGCCAUUUUGGCUCAAGCCUUGUCUCGAAUCCUACCGCACCUGUGCAUCAGCCACUGACCAAUCCGCAACGCAUCUUCGAUUCGCAUGAUCUCCGGCAUGCGCGCGGCUGCGCUUCCUGCGCUGAUCGUUGGUACCGUGCUACAGGCGACUCCAGUGCGUUCUCUUCGCGCGCCGCCCCCCCAGUCGCCCCUGUGGCAGGCCCUCUAUCCACAGAUCGCGCCUUUUGAAGAUCAGGAGGAGCCCGAGGACAGCGAGUUCGAGGUACGCGUGACUCCCGACGAGGUGAAGGCCCUCAUUCCAGAGGGCGCAAGGAAUGUUGCUUGUCCCAACCGUCUUGGUGUUAGAGGUGCCCGAAAGCUUUAUGUUCAUGAUGCCACCGACGGGCUAGGUUCCAGGAUCCUGAACGUCAUCGGUGCUCUGAGGUACGCCGAGAAGAUGAAUGUUGGCUUCGGGGGGUUGCUCUCACUGGGGGGGGGGCGCCAUGGUCACACAGCGUGAAUAUCUCUGCCGGAUUGCAGGCGUUUUUUGCGUGUGACCUAUACGUUGACGCUCUGCCGCAAGAUACGCAGGUGUUCCCGACUGUCCAAGCUCUAAGUCAGCAGCUCGAUAAGGGCGCAAUUGCAAACGAGGCCCACGUUCAUGUAGAAUUACGGCAUUUAGAUUUCUUCGACUCUAUUGGCAGCAUUGAGGGCCAGCAACGCACCUAUCAUGCAGAUGCCCCUGGUGCGUUUCCAACCCCGCGACCUCAACGUUGCCGUUCAUGUACGCCGGGGAGACGUGGAUGAUUGGGUCCCUGGGAGGGGUACGAGCCACGAGUAUUACGUUUGGCUGAUAAACAUCAUGCGGAGGAAGGUGCCCUACGCGAAGUUCCACAUCUUCAGCGAGCAGCGUCGGCGCAGCAACAACACCGACGAGUUCGACCCGUACAGCAAGUUGGGUGCCACUGUGAACCUGGACACAGAAGCAACUGAAACGCUUGCGCAUUUUGCCAGGGCCGAUGUCCUUGUUACUGCGAAGAGCAGCUUCUCAUACGCUGCAGCCCUGUUGAACCCGCAUUGUGUGCUUUACCAGAGGUGGAUGUUGGCGGUGCCUGGGUGGGUGCCACUACCAAAGUCAGAACAUCUUGGAAACGACGCUACUGAAAUGCUCAGUCAGCAGAUCGGCAGCUGCAUGUUGAGCAUCGCAGCGCGGAAAUAUGGCGGACAGGAGUGAGCCAGGGUCCAUACAGCGAGGUUUGCUCGCUUGUAUGAGCCUUCCAUUCGCGUGAUUAUCAUAGCGCCCCUUCUCGGCAUUGUAUCACGAUCAAGACGGAGGACUUCGACAAACUACAGCCAGGCCCUUCCCAAUUGCGCAAGUUGGUUGUUUCGGAGUGAGCAUCAUGUUGUAUAGUGACUGGUUACGGCGAUGACCGAAGUGAAGCGCCGCAUGCAACAUAAUUGCAUGGUUGUUUUGCUUGGUUGGCCCCCGCUUAGCACGAUAUUUCAUCACCUGGGGCGCAUUUGGCGUCCCCAGGUGCCGCUGAUUUGAUCGGCGAGUGAUUGUCGCGUCGAUUGAUGUCUUCGGCGUUCGGCUUGUUUGUCUAUCUCAUUUGGUGGAGCAUACCCGCGGAGCCAUUUGAGCCUUUCCUAAGUCAUAUAACGCCAAUGUGGUUACUUAUAAGAAGCGGUGCCUGGUUGGAAAAAA